UCCCUAUAAAUACUCACUUACAUAUUUCUGUGACCUUGUGGUCUUCAGUUAGAGGGUCUGGAGGGAGAGAAGCUCUCUAUCUUCUGCCUUACUUUACUACUUCUCAUUGCUCUCGCUCAAGUUGACCUGAUCUUUGACCCUUCUUUUCAAUUACUUAUAAACCCUUUUUGGCUCUCACAUUUUGUAAAAAGGAGCUUUCCAUCUCUUGCUUCAGUUUUUCAGUUUUCUGGUCUUCCAAUUCUCUUGCUAAUUCUCACAUACUCGGCCCCGCUUAUGAUGAGGAUUUCCAUGGUGAAGUGCAAGCCGACGGCCCUGCCCUUGUGGAGGUCGAAUAUAGGCUUUUAUAACCCUCCGCGUCAGAAGGAGAAGCUCGUGGUGAUAUUAGGUGUGACCGGGGCAAGCAAAUCCAGGCUCUCUAUUGACAUUGCGUCCCAUUUCCCCGCUGAGAUCGUGAACUCCGACAAAAUCCAAGUGCACAAGGGGCUCGACAUAGUCACCAACAAGAUCACGGAAGAGGAGCAAUGCGGCAUCCCCCACCAUCUCCUCGGGACGAUCCCUCCCGAUGCAGACUUCACGGCGUCAGAAUUUAGCAACUCAGCACUGCUUGUCAUCGAGUCAAUCAGGGCCCGUGGCAACACUCCAGUCAUCGUUGGCGGCUCGAAUUCCUACAUUGAGACCUUGAUCGCUAGCCAUGAUUACCGGUUUCAAUCUAAGUACGAAUGUUGCUUUCUAUGGGUCGAUGCCGCGAUGCCCAUCUUGCACUCCUUCUUGUCUAAGCGGGUCGAUAAGAUGGUAGAGAGGGGAAUGGUCGAAGAGGCGAGGAACGCCUUUGAUCCAAACGGGCAAUACUCAAGGGGAAUCCGGCGCGCAAUCGGGCUUCCUGAACUGGACUUGUUGUUCCGUACCGAGAAGUUCUUGGAUCGACAAGCCCACGCGCGGUUGCUCAAAGAAGCGAUGGAGGAGAUCAAGACCAACACGUGCAAAUUGGCAAGCCGCCAGUUGGAGAAGAUCCACCGGCUCCGCAACCUGAAGGGUUGGAACUUGCACAGGAUGGACGCGACGGAAGUGUUCUGCAAGCAUGGGAAGGCCGACGCUGAUGAGGCGUGGGAAGAGCUCGUGGCGGGACCAAGCACAAUAAUCGUGGCCGAGUUUCUUUACAACGUCACGGCGAAUAUGGCCACUUCCGGGGGGCUCCACGAGGGCCUUAUAAAGUGCAGAGCCAACCAUGGAAGCUGCCAAUUGCAGCAGCAAAUUAUGUCUAAAUUUUUGCAGAAACAAUCGAGGAGAGUGAGGGGCACUGCUUUUGAUUCUUUUUUUGAGGCAAAUCAACACAUAUAUAACAGAUGUAAACUAAGAAAAAGAGAUACUCACAAUUACAAAGUUCACAAGAAACUUGUGUUCUUAUCUGAGAGCGAUAUUUGA